AUCCGCUUUCUCGCGAGAACUGGCUAGUAAACAGACAGAUCCCUCCUGUUCCCGCUGCUGCUGCCACCCUCCUGCCAUUAGAGGCACAGGAGGGGGAAGUGGUCAGACGCUCAGACUAUAGGCAGGCGGUGCUGUGAGAGCAAAGGAAGCCGGCUUGGAGAAGCACAUAGAGGAUGCUGGAGACAUAGAAACCCUGCUGGGACCCUGCUCCUAAACAAGUAAGGGGUCUAAGAACCCCCUGAGAUCCUGGACGACUACACCCUUGCCUAUUUUGUACUUUGAACUACUGACAAUCAGCUGAUUUGCUUCAAAGCUCUGUACAGUCCACGUGAUUUAAUUUCAAACUUUGCCAGUAAAAUACAUGUUACUAUGGCAAUGACUGCAGGGACUCCAACAUCCUUUCCCAUGAGCAACCACACCCGGGAGAGAGUGACAGUGGCCAAGCUCACACUGGAGAACUUUUAUAGUAAUCUAAUUUUACAGCAUGAAGAAAGAGAAACAAGGCAGAAGAAACUAGAAGUGGCCAUGGAGGAGGAAGGUUUAGCAGAUGAAGAGAAAAAGCUACGAAGAUCUCAGCAUGCACGCAAAGAAACUGAAUUUCUACGGCUAAAGAGAACAAGGCUAGGUCUCGAUGACUUUGAAUCUUUGAAAGUUAUUGGAAGAGGUGCUUUUGGAGAGGUACGCCUCGUUCAAAAGAAAGAUACAGGUCAUAUUUAUGCAAUGAAGAUACUAAGAAAAGCUGACAUGCUGGAGAAAGAGCAGGUAGCUCAUAUACGAGCCGAAAGAGAUAUUCUAGUUGAAGCGGAUGGUGCCUGGGUGGUGAAGAUGUUUUAUAGUUUUCAGGACAAACGGAAUCUUUACCUGAUCAUGGAGUUUCUACCUGGAGGGGAUAUGAUGACGUUACUAAUGAAGAAGGAUACUUUAUCAGAGGAAGAAACACAGUUUUAUAUAUCUGAAACUGUGCUGGCCAUUGAUGCCAUUCACCAGCUGGGUUUCAUUCAUAGAGAUAUUAAGCCAGAUAAUCUUCUGCUGGAUGCAAAGGGCCAUGUAAAACUCUCUGAUUUUGGACUAUGCACAGGUUUAAAGAAAGCUCACAGAACUGAAUUCUACAGAAACCUUACUCACAAUCCACCAAGUGACUUCUCAUUUCAGAAUAUGAACUCUAAGAGAAAAGCAGAAACGUGGAAAAAGAAUAGGCGACAGCUGGCCUAUUCUACUGUUGGGACCCCAGAUUAUAUUGCUCCAGAAGUUUUUAUGCAAACGGGUUACAACAAAUUAUGUGACUGGUGGUCUUUGGGAGUGAUUAUGUAUGAAAUGCUAAUAGGUUAUCCCCCUUUCUGCUCUGAAACACCACAAGAAACUUAUAGGAAAGUUAUGAAUUGGAAAGAGACUCUAGUAUUUCCACCUGAGGUGCCCAUUUCAGAAAAAGCCAAGGACUUAAUUCUAAAAUUCUGCACCGAUGCAGAAAACAGAAUUGGUAGCAAUGGAGUGGAAGAAAUCAAGAGUCACCCAUUUUUUGAAGGUGUCGACUGGGGACAUAUCAGAGAGAGGCCGGCUGCAAUCACUAUAGAAAUCAAAAGUAUUGAUGACACUUCUAAUUUUGAUGAAUUCCCAGAAUCAGAUAUUUUACAGCCAGUGCCAAACACCACAGAACCUGACUACAAGUCCAAAGACUGGGUUUUUCUUAAUUAUACCUACAAGAGGUUUGAAGGGCUCACUCAGCGUGGCUCCAUCCCUUCUUACAUGAAAGCAGGAAAGUUGUGAAACACUGCAGAAAUAAUACAUAAAUAAGAACUCAGGUAGCUGCUACAUCAUGGCAUAGAUCUGGAUACAAUGAAAUGGUCACGCAGAUGGACUGAUGCACAUUGCUCUCACAGAGAAAUUAGGAAAUUCUACCGGAUUAGGAUUCCUAAGACUACUACAAGAAUUAGUUGGCAGUGCCAGCUGGCUUUUCUCUUUUUUUUAAUAGUGAAUAUUUUUGUUAACUUUAUUAUAACAAAGGUACUGGAAUAAAAAAAGGAAUGGACAUCCUCUUUGUAUCUGCACUGCCUGUGUGUGUAUAAAGGUCAAUUAUGCCUCUGUUUAUAUUGUGGCUCUGUUUGUACUGUAAUGUGUCUAACUUGCCCAGGAAUUAAAAGCAUAUCACAUUUGUAAGAAGCAACAUUAUCUGUUUCUUGAUAAUGUUACCCAUUGUGUGUUUAACCUGGGCCUGGUUUUUAGAUAUGCAGUAUGAAACUAGAAGCCACUUUUUUGUAAUGUCAUUUGAUGGGUUUCCUAUAGCUAAAGUGUGAUGACAUAAGACAUUGUCAUGGAGUUCCUUAAAAAAAUAUUAUUAUUUGGUUCAAACUAGCUAUUUUAAAUGUUUUUCUCUGCGCUUAGUGGCUUAUGCCAGCCUUUUCCAACCAGUGUGCCUCCAGAUGUUACUGGACUACAAUUCCCAUCUUUCCUGACCAUUGGCAACGCUGGCUAAGGCUGAUGGGAGUUGUGGUCCAACAACAUCUAGAGGCACACUGGUUGGGAAGGGCUGGCUUAUGCUCUAGCUCAGGGCUCCUAGGUAUAACACUGAAGAUAUGUUGUACUUCAGACUGCAGCUGGUAGCCUAACUGGUGUAGAACUGGAAUCUGUGACACAGUAUAUUUAGCAUUAUAAACCUCUGCUAAGGCAGCUGUAAUUCUUUUAUUUUCAGGGGAGAAAUGGCACUGUGGUCAAAUCAAAGAUAAUGUAACAGCUUCAGAGCGAGGAAAUUGCAAAAAAGGAAAAAAGCUGGGACAGGGACAGACGAAGCAGCAGCAGAUGCUUUUGAAUAUCAAUGUACAACAUACCUUUUGCUUGUUUCAUUUUCUUCCCUCCUCCUGAAUUAAUUUCCAUGUAAUGGUUUUGUGCCAUGUUAUUCUCCUUUGAGUACCAAAGAUCCUGAAAUGGCUUGAUUACAAAUGUAUGCAGUUCUGUUCACCAGAGGUAUAUGCGGUUCACUUCUCAUCAAAAUGGGGUGUUAAGAUUGAAGUUCCUUCACGGUUUUUAGCAUGUUGGGUUAAUUCUUAUGAAUUGAAAUCCUGGAGAUGACUGCCAACUUAAUGAGGCAAGGGUUCAGUGGCUAAUCUUUCUGCAUGUGGGGAGUUAGAGAUGAACUGCAAAAUUGGAAGUGUUGCGUAGCACAACCCUCUUUGUAAGCAGACCACUUCAGAAUGCAGGGUGGUGGGCAAGUUGAAUCUUCUAAGUUAAAGAAAAAAAUGAAGAACAUCCCUGCAUUUAAAGAACUAGCAGCAUGUUGGAAAGAAGUCUAAAAUUAUUCUUUCUUACAUGCUAUCCUUCUAUAGACAAACAGGUUUCAUGUGAAGGAGCAUUCAGAUAUGUAAGCUUCCAUGUUCAGUCCCCCAUCUGCCUGUUGAAAAUAGUCCCAGAAGAGCUGUGCAAGAAAUAAAUGCAUAGUUCUAUAUGUGGAAAUGAUGCAGAAUCUAUCAAUGUUGCUAGCAUUUGAAAUCUAAUAUUGCUUGAGAAAUUGCACUGUUCAUUUUGUCUUGCUAGAGAACUAGGUAAACCUUUUCUUUUCUUAGGUUGGUUACAUAAGGCCACAGUCUUAUACAAGGAUACAAUGAGAGAGAUCAUGGUGUCAAUUAAGAUUAACAUUGCUAAUGAAUCACAGAAAACUUCAUAUCCUGCUUGAGCCCAUGAUUAGUCAUAGUUUUAUUUCAAUUUCCUAUGGUGUCUGACACACUACCCAUGAUCCAAAGUGCUGCAGCACAUCAGAAGGUGUCAAAACUGGCCCUGAUGCUGCUCUUCAAAGGGAGCUGUUUGCAAAUCCAUAUACCCACUUCCAGUAGUCCGUACCACUUCUUGGAUGGCAGUGGGGGGGGCGGGCUAGCUCAGAGAUGGAGAAUCUAUGGCCUUGUAGAUGUUUUUGGACUCCAGCUGCCAUCAGCCCCAGUCAGCAUGGCCACUGAUCAGGGAUAAUGUGAGCUGUGGUCCAACCAUAUCUGGAAGGCCAUAGACUCUCCAUCUCUGGGCAAAAUAGUGAUACUCUGAGGAACAGAUCUGGCCUGAGCGUGCUGCUUGCUUAUCUUUAUAUUAUGAACAUGUUUGGGGCUGUCUUUGUUUUUUAAAAUACUAGAAUCCACAAUAGCCCAAAGUGCAUGAAAGGACAUGGAAAACUGUGUGAAUGGGCUUUGAUUUUGCUCUUUGAUUUAUUUUUUUCUCACACAAAUGUGCACAGCUCUUCCCAAGUAAAUAAUCAGUGGUUAAAAAGUACUCUCAUUUUUAUGAACAUUUAAACAGAUUGUACCUUGACCUUGUUUAACGUUGAUUACAUUUCAAUACUUUACCUGAAGAAUUGAAUGACAAUUAUUAUUUCUUUCUUUCUAGACAAAUUCAGUAGUUGUGGUUUGGGAAAAGUUACAAUAAAAAGCAUUAUAAAGAUUUAUAUAAGGCUUUUUACAGCAUAUUAAAUAAACAUGGGAUUCUUUUGUACAA